UACAGCUCCAGGCGGUCAGUGCCCCGCGUGCGGUCGUCAAGGUUGAACAUGAAGCUGAGCAACGGGGCUGUGGUGACCCCAGUGACUGGGGAGGAGGCCGAGGACUUGCUCAAGAACUUCCCCGGGUACGUGGACGGGCUGGUGAGGGCGGGGCCCUCGCGCUGCCUCCUCCCCACCGCCUACAACCGCUUUGCUGAGGAAUACAUUAACUUCAAGUUCCGCAGCAGUGACGUCGUGAUCGUGACCUACGCCAAAUGCGGCACCACGUGGAUGCAGGAGAUCCUCUGGACCAUGUGCCACAACCCCGACCUUGACAACCCUGAUGCCGACCUCGACCUCUCCAUACGGUCACCCUUUCUCGAGUUCGACUGUAUGGUGGACGUGUUGACAAAGAAAAAUGGUCACAACUCGACGCUGGUGAAGGCGCUGCAGAAGCGAGACCCCGCUGCUUCCCCAGAUGCCGGGGUGUUCUUGGGGCUCACGAAAGUGGCCGAAGACCCACGCAUAAUCAAGACACAUCUCCCCUUCAGCAUCCUGCCGCUCAACCUGCUGGAUACCUGCAAGGUUGUGUACGUGGCCCGUAACCCCAAGGACGCGCUGUCCUCCUACCUGCACCACCACAGGCUCAUCAAGAUCCACGACUACCAGGGCACCGACGACCAGUUCGUCGACUACUUCAUCAAUGGACAAGUUCUGCACGGUGGGUACGCGGACCACCUGGCGGAGGCGUGGCCGCUGCGGGGCCACAAGAAUUUGGCCUUCCUCUUCUACGAGGACCUCAAACGCGACCCCGACGCCCAGCUCAAGAACCUCGACGCCUUUUUGGGCACCGGCCUCACCGACCAGCAGCUGGAUAACGUGAAGAACCGUACGGGUUUCUCUAACAUGAAGGCGCGUAUGGGCGCCUGCGUGGCUGUGGACGGCGACGCUGUCGAGGGCAUGGGAGUGACCGCGCUGUUCAACGCGAAGGCGGCGCAGGAGGGGGGCUUCUACCGCAAAGGAAAGGCUGGGUCAUGGAAGGAAGACAUUUCCGAGAAAAAUCUUGCCAAAAUCGAUCGCUACAUCGCAGAGCAAAUCACAGCCAAGAUGCCGGACCUGAAAUUUUCCUACGAGUAAAUCUCAAAGUUGGCGCAGCCGUGGUCCAUAAAUUUAACUUUUAAAUCAGCCUUGGAGCCUACGCCUAGCCUCAGCAUGCAAUAUCUUAAUUCAAAUGCAGAGGGAAGCCGCAGACUACGCUGGGACACUGUAAUCUCUAUCAGUGACACACAGCCUGAAGAUGAUAGCGCCUUAGGUCUUCAGCCAAUAAAUACCUAAGCCAGCGCAAGACAAGUAUGGUAUUUUUCCACAUCUGCCUUGGCCCACUCUGGCCUAACCUAUUCACGAGUAGGUUAAGUACUCUCCACCUUCUUGCAGCCAAUGACAGACUCACUUGCAGCACCUCUCGACCUACCCAUAGCCUAAGAGGUUAUGCUAGGUUCUCUCAAGUUUAUUUAGGAUGACAUGACGUCGGGGCAACAUAGUGGGUUAGGCCAGAUGCGGUUUUGACCAUGCUUAACGUGAGCAUGCUCAAGAGGUGGCUGUGAGCUGUAUGGAUUUAAGCAUUGCAAUGGUAAUUAUUGCAUUGAUGUGAAAAUUUUUGCAGUCUCCGUUCCAACGUUGUUAACUCAAAUUUUAUUGUACUGUUGUAACUGUGCGCUAAGAACUUUCAAUUUGGAGUUCGUUUGUGCAUAUGAUUAGUUAGUUUUAAUCGUUACUCUCUAUUCUACAGUUCCUAUUUAUAGUAUUUCUUACAUAUCUGAUCUCUUCGUAAUGAAAUUAUUUCUCUGUUAUGUUCCUACAUAAGUACUUGUUGUUUUCAAGUUAAUUAUUUUCUUUUUAUUCACCACAUUUUAAACACGGUUCCUAUGCUGAAAUUUAUUCGCAUUGCUGUAUACAACACGCGGCAUCAAUAAGUAUAGUUCUAUUUAAGAAAGAAUUUGUGGUCGUUACUAUGAAGAUUGUAACGGGAAUGUUAUCAAGCUCGCUUAUGCACAAGCAUAUCCUACAAAACCUCGAGUCUUGUUAAUGAAAAUUUUUAUCGUGGUCAUUAAGAAUGUAUAGUCUACAUUAGGUGAUUUAGUAAUGUGGACAUUGAACUGAUAUGCGAUAUUGUCGUGUCAUUAAACUCCUGAGAACGCUGA